GGUUGCUUGCUGGAGGGACCUGACCCUGCCAUCUGAAGCCUCUCGUGGAGCAGGCAAUGCCCACACUCAUUGAGCUUAUGUGCGACCAAAGUGUGGUGGUGCGUGACACAGUGGCCUGGACUAUAGGGCGUGUCUGUGAGAUUAUCCCCGAGGCAGUGGUUGCUGAAAACUACCUGGGUCCUUUGCUCCAGGCAUUGGUGAAAGGACUGGGUGCCGAACCUCGAGUUGCUGCCAAUGUCUGCUGGGCUUUCAACAGCUUGGCGGAGGCAGCGUUUGAAGCUGCAGACACUCCUGGUGAUGGAUCAGAGCCAGAAACUUACUGCCUGUCGGAAUACUUCGAAGUUAUAGUGUCAAAGCUUUUGGAGACAACAGAAAGGGCUGAUGGGGGCCAGGCAAAUCUCCGAAGUGCGGCGUACGAAGCUCUUAUGGAGCUCGUGAAGAACUCUCCACGUGACUGCUACGUGUGGGUGCAGCGCACAACUAUGAUCAUCUUGGAGCGGCUGCAGCACGUGCUCGCCCUGGAGGGCCACAUCCAGAGCAGCUCCGACCGUGCUCAGUACAACGACCUGCAGUCGCUGCUGUGUGCUACAUUGCAGAGUGUGCUGCGCAAGAUGACCCUGGAGGAUGCUCCGAAGAUCUCUGAUGCCGUGGUUGCGGCCCUGCUGCAAAUGUUCAGUUCAAGCAGUGGUCGUGCGGGCGGAGGUGUGCAGGAGGAUGCGCUCAUGGCGGCAUCUACUCUUGUUGAAGUUCUGGGUGAGAAGUUUGUCAAGUACAUGGAAGCCUUCCGGCCUUUCCUUGCCAUUGGUCUGAAGAACCAUGCAGAAUAUCAGGUGUGCUCAGCUGCUGUGGGUCUGACAGGGGACAUCUGCAGGGCUUUGGGAUCUCAGGUCCUUCCUUUCUGUGAUGACGUCAUGACAAUGCUGCUGGAAAACUUAGGGGUGAGUGCGCGCGGCAAUUUUUUAAAGGACUGUGCUCUGACUCUUGCGCACGUACGCUUCGAAUAG